AUGCCAAGGGGAAAUCAUACCUAUAGAUACAACGACUUUAAGUCCGAUCUGUCUGGGGAGCUCCUAACGUUCCCUAAAAUUAAAAACCCCGUCAAGAUAGGGGAGAAGCUAGGGUGUGGCGCCUACGGAGAUGUCUUCAGGGGCUACAUCGUUAACGAUUAUCGCGAGUCGUUUGACAAGAGAAAUACACAUGUCGAAAACGUGAAAUCGCCGUCACUUCGCUCCCUAAUGAACAACGAAACCACCUCAAACAUGUCUUCAGUGAAUCUGAAGCACCUUGAUACAGUUACCAUAUACAACAACACCGAUUUGACUGAGUGCAUUGAUACGACCUUUAACUCAUCUGGCAACGAGGAGUUAAGGGACAACCGCCACAUAGACGAAAGGACAGACUUCGCGAUCAAGUAUUUCAAGGACGACACCAUACAAAUCUUGGACGAGGGAUUCACAGCAGGCACCAUAAGGGAGCUGAGCAUAAUGAAAAGUGUCGGAGAACACCCGAACAUAGUCAAACUGGUGGACGUGUACGUCGGCAAACACGGCGGAAUAACAAACAAACUAAACACUCAAAUCGGAAACCUGAUGAAGGACGAGUCAAAGUUUUCUGAAAAGGAAUUUUACUUUUACCCAUUCAAGGAAUCGCAAACGUACGCGCUGGGCCUAUACGAGUUCUGCAAAGGUAUUUCUGGAACCAUUUUACGAGACUUAGGGGGAGAUUUGGGAAGGGCUAUAUACAAGAGGAUGUCAAAGGGAAAUACCGGCUUCACGCUGGAUGAGGUGAAGUGGCUGUCAUUUCAGCUGCUGAACGGCCUAGCUUACUUACACAACAAAAAGAUCGAGCACAGGGACUUGAAGCCUAACAACAUCAUGCUGGACAGACAUGAGCCGUACCCAGUCCUGAAAAUAGGAGACUGGGGACUGGGCAGGGAGUUCAGAUCACUUGACGGCACAAUCACACCAACGGCUUGCACCAUGUUUUACAGACCAAUAGAGGUGAUACUAGGAUCAAUCUGUUUUAUGAACAAUGGUUCAUCUAAAUCCACACCGAAAUUUUCUCAUCACUACGGCAUCAACGUCGACGUUUGGAGCGCGGCCUGCAUAAUUGCCGAAAUGGUGACUGGAAAACCCCUGUUCCACGGGAACUCAGACUUCCAGGUUCUGUCCAGGAUAGUCACAAUGCUGGGAAGGCCGACUGAAGAGGAGUGGAAGAACUGCUCAAGAGCCGAGCACUACCCGUUCAACGGAAGUCUGUACCAUUUCAGCACGGAGAACAAGAUUGAGAACCUGCGGACCGCUCUUAAGGGGAAAAUGGACGAUUUGGGACUCGACCUUCUCCUCAAGAUGCUCGAGUACAACCCUCACAAGAGAAUUUCCGCGCAGGCUGCUCUUUCCCACGAGUGGUUCGCAGACGUGGAUUUCAGACGCCUAGACUCGCUCGGAGUGGUAAACUGCAUGACGGAGACUCUGAAAGGCCUUUUAGGGGAGGAAGUGUUCGACAUCAUUGAGAUGGGCUCCAAGGGCAUGCUUACCACAACUCUUUUGUCUCACGUUCUUCACUCUAACAGUCCCAUAAAGGCCAAAAUCAUAGAAACUAUUGGAAGGGACCACCGGGAGGCGUGUUCCGCGAAGCAUCGAUUUGUGAAGCCCUCGAUCAUACGACGUGUGAGGAUCAGAAACCGAGACCGAAAAGCCUCACCCUAUGCCAAGAUUCGACUCGAUAGAGUUGGUAAAGAAUGA